CCCCGCUUGGGUCUUUCUGGUUGCACGAGGACACCAUCAGCCUCCGUGCUCGCAAUUUCGCAACUCUUUACUUCAUAAUUGGACUUUUCAGGAACUCAUUUCUACCGUGGAUAUGGCGUCCAAUGAAGUAGUGGAGGAACACGAUGACGGCGACAACUUUAUAAAAGUCAAAUCUAAAAAGAGCCACAAGAGGAAACUCGACGCAGCUGAUAUGGAUACCGAGGGACCUGUAGCAAGCAAGAGGCCGCAAUUUCCACCCAUUUCUCUCGACAAACUAAGGGGGGCGGAUCAAAUGCGUAAAGUAGCCGUACCGGCUCACCGCUACACACCCCUCAAGGAGAACUGGUUAAAGAUCUACACUCCUAUCGUGGAAAACCUGCAACUUCAAAUCAGAUUCAACCUGAAAACACGCAAUGUGGAGAUUAAAACUUGCAAAGACACACAAGACAUUUCGUCGCUCACCAAAGCAGCUGAUUUUGUAAAAGCCUUCAUUCUGGGCUUCCAGGUUGAAGAUGCGUUAGCCCUCGUAAGACUGGACGAACUCUUCCUGGAAUCCUUUGACGUCACAGACGUGAAACCGCUAAAGGGCGAUCACUUGUCGCGAGCCAUCGGCAGGAUCGCCGGCAAAGGGGGGAAAACCAAAUUCACCAUUGAAAACGUCACCAAGACUCGCAUCGUGCUGGCAGACACAAAAGUGCACAUUUUGGGCUCCUUUCAAAACAUUCGAAUGGCCCGCACAGCCAUAUGUAACCUCAUCUUAGGAAGUCCACCUUCCAAAGUGUACGGCAACAUCCGAGUGGUCGCCAGCAGAGCUGCGGAAAGAUUUUGAACCGGUCGCAGUUUCUUCAUCCCUUUUGCAAUCGAAUGGUGAUUCAAUCAUGGACUUGAUAUCAGAUGAGAUCAUGCGAUAACGAUUUCGUUUGUGUAUAUAUAAAGAGGGCUAAUGGAAACUUUGUAGCC